AUGAACGUCGGCUCAGUGAGCACACCUCCACUCCGUGGUGAGCAAGGUAGGUACACCUUGUCCGGCAUGCCAAUAUACCGUGACGAUGCAGCAUCUUUGCGAAGUCAUGAUCGUUCAAAGCUUAAUCGGAUAUCUGAUAUAGAGUCUCUUGACAAUCACAGCAUCAGCGUGGGUGAGAGCAUGGUAGCAGCUGGCGCCCCUCGAGAUGGACCUCUGACAGUGCUACCUGCCGCGGCACACACGAAGAUCUCCCCGACCACGAUUGCAACACGUCUAGACUCGGUUGUUGGCGAUUUCAUCCCAGAGCAGGAAUACGGGAUCGUGAACAUGAACGCUGAAAUCUCGGGCGUCCGAUCAUGUCCCACUCGUACAAUCAAUCCGCCAACGGUCAGUGGUCAGAGCGAGAGAGCAAUUGCCAGUACUCGCGAGGGACGUGCUGGCGAGAGGCAGGUGAGAAGGUUCUGGAGCACCAACACGAGGGAGGGAUGCACUAGGGCUAGACCUGAGCACGAAAGGGUUGAGUUCGUGCACUGGAUCGAACAAGCUUGUCUGUGUCGAAGCGAGGACGAAGGAUCGAAUGCUGGACCGAGACCGCGUGCAGUCCGGCUGUCCCAGGUCUGAUGAUUGGACGUGACGGAGGUAGGACUAAACACACGAAACACCUAGCUACUGUAGCAACACUAUUACUUUCUAAGGGGAUUGAGGAAUACUUUAUUGCAAUCACGAGACUCGACAAGAGCCAAAAAAGCGGACCUGCAGUAAUGAUCGUGAAUAGAUUAGACAUGAGUCGUAAAGGCGUUAUACAGGGCCAAAAGGGCGAUUCGCUUCAAAGAACGAUGCAGUAAUGUGCAGGUGGUUGGGAAGUAUGUACACGGGCGGGAGUUUCUCCCUCUUUCAGAAGCCGCCCGCUAAGGUGCUCAGAACUUGACACCGGGUCUCUUUCUCUUUGCCGGAGAAGUCAGACCCGGCAACUCGCCGCUUUCCUUUUGUCCCGCUGUUGUUGCCGAUGGCCUCACCGCUGAUCUGCCCAGGG